AUGGACGUCGAAAGGAGCCAGCAGAAUAUGAUGACGAAUGGGAGAGGUCAGGAUGGGAUAUUCUUGACUUUGACGCAGCGACAGGAGACGAUUGAUUACUUGAAGUAUAUUCUGAAGUACCGGGAAGGGAAGGUUAAUGGCUCGGACAACGCUGAGAAGGCGACUGCUAGGGGGGCUUUUAAGAGGACGAGGGAGUCUGAUGCAGUAGCCGAGACUAAGUAA